AUGAGCAUUGUCGAAGCACCCCAGGCGCUCCCAACGAGGAGCGUCGAGUCCUAUCAUGGGCAGGACGAGGCAGAGAAGGCCAUUCCUGAGAAACCAACGCCCACCGAUGAUCCGUUUGGAAAUGAAGAGAAUGGAGAGGUCAAGUAUCGAGUGAUGAAGUGGUGGCAAUCGGGAAUGUUGAUGGUUGCUGAGAACAUCUCACUCGGUAUCUUGUCACUUCCAUCGGCUGUUGCAACUCUCGGCAUUGUCCCCGCCUUCAUCAUCAUUCUCGGUCUCUCGGCAAUCUCGUGGUACACUGGUCUCAUCAUGGGUCAAUUCAAGUUGCGCUACCCCCAUGUGCACAGUAUGGGUGAUGCCGGUGAAUUGCUCCUGGGCAAGUUUGGCCGAGAACUCUGCUACUGGGGCCAGCUGCUCUUCAUCAUCUUCCUCAUGGCCAGUCACAUUCUGACCUUCACGGUCCUAUUCAACACCAUCACCAACCAUGGCACUUGUACCAUCGUCUUCGGUGUCAUCGGUCUGGUGGUGAGCUGCAUCUGUGCCCUGCCCCGAACCUCGGAGAAGGUGUUCAUCAUGUCCACCGUCUCGGCCGCGAGUAUCUUAGUCGCCACUAUUGUCACCAUGAUCUCAAUCGGUGUUCAGGCACCCGACAAUGUCCAGAAUGAUAUCGUCACCGAUCCCACCUUUGUGGAUGCCUUCCUCGCCGUCACCAACAUUGUCUUUGCCUUCAUCGCCCACGUUUCAUUCUUUGGCAUCAUGUCGGAGAUGCAGGAUCCAGCGGAAUUCCCCAAAUCUCUCGCCAUGCUCCAGGUCGUUGACACGGUGAUGUAUAUUGUGACUGCCAUGGUGAUUUACUGUUACGCCGGGCCUGAUGUCUCCUCGCCGGCUCUCUCUUCGGCGGGUCCCUUGAUGAAGAAGGUUGCCUAUGGACUGGCCAUUCCAACGGUGAUCGUCGCCGGUGUGGUCUUCGGCCACGUCGCCUGCAAAUAUAUUUACGUCCGCAUUUUCCGCGGCGAGCGCGCGCACCACAUGCACGAGAGAAGUCUGCUGGCCACCGGUACCUGGGUCGCUAUCGGUCUGACCACCUGGACCGUUGCCUGGGUCAUUGCCGAGUCAAUUCCCGUCUUCAAUGACCUGUUGAGUUUGAUUAGUGCCCUGUUCGGAAGUUGGUUCAGCUACGGCUUGCCCGCUAUCUUCUGGAUGGUCAUGAACAAGGGUCAAUGGUUCGCUUCGCCCAAGAAAAUUGUUCUUUUCAGUGUCAACGUCAUUAUCCUCGGAUUCGCAUGCACUAUCUGCGGACUGGGACUCUACGUCUCCGGCAAAUCCAUCAACGAAAGCACUUCCUCGGCCAGCUGGACCUGCGCUAGCAAUGCUAUCUGA